ACGUCACCACGCAGCAGCUCUUUUACAAACAGCGCGGGAAGCAGCAGCAGCGGAGCUCGAUCAGGACCGUCUGAGGAACGGGUCUGAGCGAGAUGAGGAUUUAUUUCUGCGGGAGUAUCCGCGGCGGGAGAGAUGACGUCACGCUUUACCGGAGGAUCGUGCAGAAGCUGCAGAGCUACGGAACCGUGCUGACCGAGCACGUGAGCAGCACCGACCUCACCGACAGAGGUGAGGACGCCUCAGCAGCAGGAGACAAGUUCAUUCAUGACAGAGAUGUAGAGUGGCUCCAACAGUCUGAUGUGGUGGUGGCUGAGGUCACACAGCCAUCUCUGGGCGUUGGUUACGAACUUGGCCGAGUUGUCGUCAUGAAGAAAAAAACCUUGUGUCUGUUCAGACCGUCGUCAGGACGCACUCUGUCGGCCAUGAUUCGAGGAGCUGACAAUGGUGAGCAGUUUGUGGUGAGAGAUUACAGCGAGGAUGAGGUGGAGAACAUCCUAGAAGAGUUCUUCAGUACACUGAAGAGAACCUGAAGAACCUGGAGAUCAUCAGAUCAGUUUAAGUAAAGUCAGACUGUAACUUUCUUCAGGACAAGAUGAGUCAAUAAAGUUGACUGAAAUAAA